AUCGCGAGAAAGGAAGCAGAGCGAGAAAACGGGUCCAGUCAAGGCACAGCGAUAUUCAUAUUUAGCAACAACAACAGCGACAGCAGGGUUUGCGGAGGAUGGUGUUGUUGUUGCGUUAACAGGCUGGAUGCCGGUAUGUGCGGCCGCCUCAGCCGCAGGUGAAACGCCUGGCUGCGAUGAACAGCUUGCGGUCUCGGCUCUCUGGGCGUCCGUCAGCAGAUGAAGGCGAGCCGGCGUGGUGAGGUCAAGCGCUGCAGGUGGUUGGAGGAGCUGGCUCUGCUGCAGCAGCGGAGGAUGUGAGCAGCAGCGAGCCGCGGCGCUGCGAUCGGCUGCAGGUUUAUGGGUCCAUGCUGUGGACGAGCUGCUGGCUUUUCUCACUUCCUGUCUCUGCAUGUGGAAGCGAUUGGACUGAACUGAGUCGCAGACAUUUCACAGGAUGAACGGCUCUCUGCUGACUCCGCCCAGCCCGCGGGUCUCUGGCUCCUCCCCUUUGCCCCCCUCACCCUCCCCGUCGCCGCCGUUGCCUUCCCUGCUGCCGCUGUCCUCCAGGCCGCCCCCCCCGUCCCCCCUGGUGAGCCCGGCGGCCCCGCCGUCCUCCCUGUCCGACACGCCCACGCCGUCUCCCUCGCCGUCCCUCAGCUGGACCGAAUUCUGUGAGCUCCAUGCGCGUGUCGCCGCCGGAGACUUUGCACGCCACUUUCGGGCGUUUCUCCUGGAGAACCCGCACUACAGCGCGGACUCGGCGGCGGCUUUCUGCCGCCGCUUCACCGACCGCUUCGUCCACCACUUCCAGAGCGAGCUGGAGGGGGCGCUGCCUCCGAGCGGCGCCGCGGGACGCGACGAGAUGAUGAGCUGGGCUCCCCCAUCGGACGCCACCUCCCUGGAAGAGGAGGCGGUCUCGCCGCUGGCAGGACCCGGGGGCCCGCCGCUCCCCCUCCCCACGGGCGCGGCGCAGGGGGCGUCCAGGCCGGCGCCGUCCCGGCUGGUGCUGGAGAACCGCGGUGGUGACCGAUUCCAGGACUCCUACGCCCAGGGCCAAGUGCUGCCGCCGUCCUCGUCGUCGUCCUGCUGCUCCUCGGUGGGGGGGAACAACGGGAGGCGGGAGGAGCGUGGCGCGGCGCCGGGCCCUGGGAACAGCGGUGCGCAGGAAGCGGAAGACAGCUGGGUUGGAGCGAGUUCGGCCGGUGACGGCGCGGAGCACGACGAAUCCUGUGAGGCGGAUCACUCUUUUCAUCUCCUUCCCUCCUCCGUCACUCCUCCGCCCGACUCCAAAGGCAACGGCACGCCCAGCUCCUCCAAGAACAAGCUGAAGAAGCGCUUUUCGCUGCGCAGCGUGGGGCGCAGCGUGCGUGGCAGCGUGCGCGGCAUCCUGCACUGGAGGAGCGCCUCCAGCGACGCGGCACAGAGCCCGCUGCCCUGCAGCUACAGCUACACGCUGGGCGUCCAGGACUCCGGCGCCGCCAAGAGAAGCGCCGCCACGCAGCCCCCCACGCCCACCUGCUCCAUGCCCGUGUCCCUGUCCAUGCCCCUCUCCCUUCCUCACUCCUCCUCCUCCUCCCUGCCACCCUCGUCCUCCAGCAGCGCCACAUCGCUGUCUCUGUCCGAGGCGGCGCGCGAUCGCCGGCGGAGCAACGGCGAGGGCGGCGAGAAGGACAAGUGGAGCCACCGGCUGGAGAAACUCAGGCUGUCGCGCUCGCCACCGCCCAUCCUCACCCAGAUCCCCCACCCCGGCUCCAACUCGCUGCCCCCCAGCAGCGCCGCCGCCCUGGGCCCCCCCAAAAAGGUGGGCCGGCUGGUGCGGGAGGGAGGGGUGAGCGUCAGCUCCUCCAGCGACGAGCUGGGCGGGAGCCACGGCUUCUCCGGCUUCUCCUUCGGACUGCUGCAUCACGGCGCAGAGAGCAACAGCACGGCGCCGGGGGCCCAGCCGGGGGCCCAAGCCACCCCGGUGCUGCCCCUGGCCAGUGGGGGCACCGUCCCCUGGAGGGGGGGCCGCUGGCACAAAUGUCGUUUGGUCCUGAGAGAGAGAGACCGAGAAGGGGGUGAGCGAGGAGAGGAGUACUACCUGGAGUUCUUCAUCCCACCAAAGGCCUCCAAGCCCCGGCUGACGGUUCCCUGCUUCUCCAUCGUGGACGUGAGGAGCACCACGGCGCUGGAGGUCCCGGACAAGGAGAACACCUUCCUGCUGCAGCUGGACGGGUCGGCCCAGUAUGUUAUCGAAACCCGAGACGCUGUACAGAUGAGAGCUUGGCUGAGUGACAUCAGGAACGCCAUCUGUCUCAGCGAGCAGGACGACGGCGAAGGCGUGUGUCCGGCUUCGUUGGACGUCAGUGGAACGCCAGAGAUCGGCGACCGUCUUUCACAAGUCUGCUACGGAGGGAUCGGAGGCUCCUCCCCCCUCAUGGAUCCGCUUCCUCCAGAACUUCCACCUCGAGCGCCACUGGACGAGCCGGAUGGCAGGAAUUUCGGGGGAGUGGGGGCUGGCCUGGGCACGCCUUUUGCUGAGACGCCAGAAGCGACGGGGUCGUUCCUGUUCUCGGACGCGGUGACCUCCGAGGCCGUGGAGCACCCGCUCAGCGAGUGCCAGUGGUUCCACGGCACCCUGUCGCGUCUCAAGGCGGCCCAGCUGGUUCUGGCUGGAGGCCCGGCGAGCCACGGCGUCUUCCUGGUCCGACAGAGCGAGACGCGGCGGGGAGAGUACGUCCUCACCUUCAACUUCCAGGGGAAGGCCAAGCACCUCCGUCUGUCCCUGAACGAGGACGGCCAGUGCCGGGUCCAGCACCUCUGGUUCCAGUCCAUCUUCGACAUGUUGGAGCACUUCCGGGUCCAUCCCAUCCCCCUGGAGUCGGGCGGCGCCUCUGAUGUCACGCUCAUCAGCUUCGUGGGAGCCACGGCGGUCCGACAGCCAGGCCGGGACCGGGCGGGCAGUCGGCCCGCGGCCUGCGACGCCAUCACCACGCGCCAUCCCGACUCUCCAUCAACCCCCAUCUCUGACUGUGUACUCGACCAGCAGACCCCGUAGCCCCCCCCAGCCCCCCCCGCUGCCGCCGGGACGCCCGCCGCCGCCGACCCCUCCCCAGGAGAGAGGAUCAGAGCCGGAUCCGGCGGCAGGAAGCGGCGGGCCGGCGGAGGACUGGGAGGACACGCCCCUCCGGCAGCUGGAUGCCGCCGAGGGCGAGGAGCGGGACGGGGCGAGGGCGCCGCGCGCCGUCGACAACCAGUACUCCUUCUUCUGAGGCGGCAGCCAUCUUGGGGGGUUCUAACACUAAACAAGUGAAACACUAACAAGCGGUACCGCCGGCCCGAUUCGCCGCUCCGCCUCGCAGAACCUUCUGGACACUACGACUGAAACCCGAGCCUGUGGAGCCAGCAGGACCAGAACCUCACGCAGUUCUGCCCAGACAGCCAAACAUACGCUACAGAACCAGAACCUUACACCGUCCCUGGAACCGGUCCAGGCCCGGUUCUGUCCGCCGCCUGCAAUCCGUUGGAGAAGUCCAGACUGGCGGUUCUCCAGAACCUGCUUCAGAUUACAGAACCAUUCGACCCAGUAAAAGGUUCUGAACCCAAAUAGAUCCCUGGAAAAUCCCAAAGAUGACCCAGUUACACAGAGACCCAAAGGUCAAGGGUCAGAUCUCCCCAAUGUUCUUCACCUGCUGGAGAUCCAACAUGACCCAGAUUACCGGCUCUGGUUCUGGUUCUGAGCCCGAUUCUGGACUAGUCCAGAAACUGGAAGGAAAGAAGCUCACUGUGGGUUUUUGACCUUCCUGACCUUUGACCCCUCGUCUGGGUCCGCUGCAGGUCACUGGAAGGGAAACGGGGAAGUUCAGGAUGUUUUAAUCCAGGAUCUGGAGUUAAUUUGUUCAGAUUAGGUUGGAUUAUUGGCUGGGUGGUUGUUCUCUCCCAGAUCCAAACCGGUUCUGAUCCCAACAGCCUGUCUGGUUUCUCUGACCUCUGACCUCCAGUACAUUACCACUACUGACAGAACCAACACUAAUGACCCUUUGACUUGUUGGGGGUUAGGGUUAGAGUUAGGGUUAGGCGCGUCCUCUGUGCGUCCCGUGCAGAUGUCCUCAGGGCAGCGGCGCGUCCUGGGGGCGGCGGCGCGUCCUGGGGGCGGCGGCCCGUACAGACGCUCUCUAGAAGAAUCCCCUCCAGAUGUCUCCACUUGUCCUGGUUUAGUUUCGGAACAAGCUGAGCAAUAAGUCACUUUAUCCAAAUGAAACUGAUUCCUGACAGGAAAUUGCAUCACUUGUACAGUCCGCUUGUGAUUGGCUGGAAGCAGGGCGCUGUGUAAGGUUUUGGGUCUGGAGUGGGACGGAACCAUUUACCUCAGAACCCAGUCAGAGAAGCGUGGACAGAGACAGUAAUAAUAACGAUGGUCAGGUGAAUAGUAUUAAAGUUUUCUAGUUUGGUUUUCUAACUCCGUCUCCAUCUCAGCUCUGAUGUCUUUGUGCCUUUUUUAAUUUUGGGGACAAACGAUGAACGGAGCUCCUGCUGUUUUCCUGCUGUCCUCAUCAUCAACACUUCUAGAACAUUUCAGAGAACUUAUUUCUAGUUGUGCCUUUCUGUGUCUGUCUGCUCAUCAGCCUGCGACGCCUUUCCACUGUCCUCCAUGUCCUCUGUAUCCUCCAUGUCCUCCAUGUCCUCCGUGUCCUCCAUGUCCUCCGUGUCCUCUGUAUCCUCCUUAUCCUCCAUGUCCUCCAUGUCCUCCGUGUCCUCCAUGUCCUCCGUGUCCU